GAAGACACCUUCUUACCCAGAGCUUCAGCGUGACCUCUAUUGCAGUUGAAAAUACUGAGGAGCGGAGGCUGAGUCCAUUGAUUUUUUCUUGUAAAUUGACGAUGUAACCCUUGUCUGUGAUGAUACGAAGACAGUUUGAAUGAGAAACCCGCUUCAUUCUGUGCACAACCAUCGCACGAAGGGCUUAUGUGCUCCUCGCCGCCUCAUUUCAGACUCGGGCUGCUCAGUGUUGUCGGGGUAGAGUCCGUUUCACUGCAUCAACAUGGGUGUGAUCGGUGUGCAGCUGGUGGUUACCAUGGUAAUGGCCAGUGUAAUUCAAAAAAUAAUACCUCAUUAUUCCUUCGCAAGAUGGCUUCUCUGCAGUGGCAGUCUGCGGUGGUAUCAGCACCCCACGGAAGAUGAGUUGAGGAGCUUAGCAGGGAAACAAAAAGGACAGAAGAGGAAAGACAGGAAGUACAAUGGUCACAUCGACAAUAAGCCGCUAACAGUUCCAAAGGACAUUGACUUACAGCUGGAGACGAAAUGCAUCACAGAAGUCGACACAUUAGCAUUGCACUACUUCCCAGAGUUCCAGUGGCUGGUGGAUUUCACCGUAGCGGCAACUGUGGUCUAUCUGAUAACAGAACUCUACUACAGUGUGGCUCAGCCCUCAGGAGAGAUGAACAUCAGUGUGGUCUGGUGCCUGCUCGUACUUGCCUUCGUCAUUAAGACCCUUUUCUCUCUAACGGCCCACUACUUCAAGCUCGAGGAAGGAGGCGAGCGCUCACUCUGUAUUACUUUUGGUUUUUUCUUUUUUGUCAAAGCCAUGGCCAUUCUCAUCGUCACUGAAAACUACCUGGAGUUUGGUCUUGAGACCGGUUUUGCAAACUUCUCUGACAGCGCUCUACAGUUUCUGGAGAACCAGGGUUUAGAGUCCCAGGGUCCCAUAUCUAAACUCACCUUCAAGCUGAUCCUAGCUCUGCUCUGCUCCCUGAUUGGAGCAUUUCUAACUUUCCCUGGUCUAAGAUUGGCCCAGAUGCACCUCGAUGCACUCAAUCUCACCACAGCCAAACUUACACAGACUCUGCUUCAUAUCAACUUCCUGUCCCCUCUUAUCAUGGUCCUGCUGUGGGUGAAGCCCAUCACUAAGGACUACAUAAUGAACCCCACUCUGGGAAAGGAGAGUGUGCCUUUGAUGACUGAGCAGACGUAUGAUACGCUGCGCUUAUGGGCCAUCAUACUGAUGUGUCUACUCCGGCUCGCUAUGAUGAGACAUCAUUUGCAGGCCUACCUCAACCUGGCCCAGAAGGGUGUGGACCAGAUGAAGAAGGAGGCGGGUCGCAUAAGUACCGUUGACUUGCAGAAGAUGGUUGCGCGUGUUUUUUACUACUUGUGUGUAAUCGCACUACAAUAUGUGGCACCACUGGUGAUACUGCUGCAUACCACUUUGCUGCUAAAAACUUUAGGUGGACACUCCUGGUGGGUCUAUCUUGAAGAAGACCUGCCUUGCACCUAUGAAAUGAACUCUGACUCAGUGAUGGGGGAGGCAUCAGUAGCAGCCCCAACUCCAGCUUCAGUGGUAGAAACAGGAGCCCGGGCGUCAGUAGCCCAGCUGUCAGUGGCCCUGGGAGGCCUGCGGACUGUUUUCAGCCCCUCGCUUUUUCGGGGCCUCUUCUCCUUCUUUACUUGGUGGAUCGCUGCCUGCCUCUUCUCCACCUCCCUCUUUGGUCUCUUCUACCAUCAGUAUCUUAUGGCGGCAUAGCAUCAGGAACCCAGCAGUGGCAGCUGGACCCCAGCAGUGCUACUGAACGUUCAGCUUGAUCAGAAAGGACUGAUUGGGGGCAGCAGAGGCCGAUUGAUUACUCUGCUCGUCAACUUUCUCCCUUCCUCCAUCCCUCCCUCCCUUUGACCACCUCUCAAAGACUGACCAUAUCAUCAGAGCUCCUGGUUCAACUCCCAGUGCUUCCUUCACAGAUGACUUUAUGAACUCGUCAUUGUUUUUAAUACUACAAUCACAGCGUUUAAUUUGAAGAGCAAGAUUUAUAAACUUUAAUAACAGACCGACUAAAGUACGAGUUAGAAGAAUAUUAUUACGUGUCAGUGGUGUUUUGGUAUCGUCAAGAGAAACUGAUUUUGUGUAUGAAAUUUGAAUGAUAUGAGGUAUAAUACUUUUUAUCUCAGAUGCCAAUUACAAUCCAUUACUGAUCCAUUGACACUUUAAGAUUCAACAUGUCUUUUACUUUCGAAAACCUACUCUUACAGGUUCAUGCAUGACAGUAACAGUUCGAUUUCAGCCUGUUGUCCCCUUGUAAAUUUACUGGCAAUGACUUAUAUCACAGACAUAUCCAGGAAAAGGCGGAGUUACUCUGCUUGACUGGAUAAAUGCUGUAAGGUUUAAGUUUUAUUGGCUGGUGCUUAUGCGCACCACCUUGACAUUUAGAGUCAUGGAACCACCUAUAAACCAGUCUGUAUCACAGCCCAUCCGAGUGCUAGUUUCCGUCAGUGAAAGCGUUGUGAGGAUGCGUAGCUCACAGAAUAUCAUAGAAUCUGGAGAGGUUUGUGGAGGCUGGUGUGUGACUUCUUAUUCACCUGAAAUCACCUUUAAUUAUAUGUUUUCCUUAAGUUUUUUUAGGGGAGACUGUUAACUGCCAUUCUGGGGCCUCGUGUUUGUCUUUUGAGAAAAACCUAUAAAAAAUAUUUUAGUUGAAACUGAAUAACUUUUUCAAUUCAGAUGUCAGAAUUCCAUUGCCACGGACCACAGAGCAAUUUGAAAGAGUCUUAAAAGUUUUGCCGGAGCGUUUGUGUUUAUCGUCAGAGGAGGGAGGGUUGGAUGGGAUGAGCCGUCACCUGACCAGGAGCUUUGAGUGUGGACAACUGAGAGUUCCACGAGGUGUUGAUCUCCUGGGUAAACAUCUUAUUGACUUGAAUCUAAUGUGUUUUAAAUGUGUCUAAUUGAAGUUGCCAUCAAGGACAAAUUUUUGAUUUGUGAUGUUUUGUAUUGUGACCACCCUGGUCUUAACUGAGCCGUUUGAACGCUAUGAGAGAAUCUGAGGUUGUUCUUCUGACAGAAAGCAGCAUGCAACAUCUGUCUGCAUGUGUCGGAUCUUUGCCUUCGAUCAGCUGUAAUCUCAAAGGGCAUUGCGAUCGAGUAGAAAUAAUGUCAACUACUGUUGAUAAGCUACCGCCUUUUAAGUUCUCAUUUCCUGUAUUUUUUCUUUUUUCUUUUUUACUUAAACCCAUCUAUUGCUUUUAAACUAUUUUGAAAACAAUCAUUUUUAGGUUUUAUUCUAUUUCUAAUUGAUCAAAUUGUGGAUUUGUAUAAGUUUUGAUUUUAAAAUGGUGCCAAGUAUGUUGGUCCCCCCCCUGUCCCAAUGUGGUGUCUGCUGGUGUUUGACUUCUGUUGUUUAGAGAGCUAACUUGAAAAAGAGGGAAUCACUACUUCUGCUUAGUUACAGCGUGCAAAGACUCUGUUUUUAUUUAAAGGUUAUAGGUGCAAGCACAUGGAGUCACUGUGCAGACGCCGCACUGGGCCAUUAUGAUUGUCCGGUCUAUUCAGGAAUGUAGGGUACGUGCGUUCAGAUUAAUUACAUUUGCGUGGUUCUCUGGCAAAUUUCGUUUCAUCGUUACAGUCAUCAUAGAGCUGCAGUUCACACAUUCCAGCUCUAUGCAUUUUGUACAGAACACGUUUUAUGAAGCAGAGCCGCACCAUAUCACACUUUUAAGCUCCUGAUGCCGAAAGUCUUAGCCUCAGUUUGUCUGUGUGAAACGAUAGGGAAUAUGCACAUAAUGAAUGUAUCAAUCUUGCCUAAUUUCUAGAUUGUUUUGAUGAAAAUGAUUUGUAUGUUGAGUUGAUUUAAUAGCCCCCCCUUACCUGCACUUCCCUCCUUCUCCAUUGUACCCUCUCAUAAUUCUACCUGUCAAACUAAAUCUAAUUUAUCCUAAUGACUUUUUAUUGAUUGACUUGUCCUUUGUUUGGUUUUUUUGUAUUUAUUCCACAUGUUGAGGCCUGUAAACAUUUCUAAUUUUAACAAUAUUCACUUUAUUUUGUUAUUGGAGUGCAUGUUGGAUUAAAUCGGUUUUUGAAAAUGUGUUUGACAAAUCCGUUACGGUUUUUUUUUAAUGUCUCGUCUGGUCCGGUAAGAAGUACCUGGAGAAACUGAGACGUUUCUUCAGUUUGUUACCUCUGAAAGUGUUGUUAUUCACUCUUGGGUUCUUAGAGUACAUCACACAUGUUCUUCCGUGUAUUUAUUUCUGCUUUAGAUUUUGUCUUAAAUAAAUUAUGUUCUUUA